GUCAAGCAUUUAUUAUGUUUUUAUUUAUUGACUUUAUUGUGUUGCGAUGAUAUAAUUAUUUAUGCGUUUCCGUGCACAAGAACUUUGCGUUUGCGUUCAUUAAUGAUUGUGUAUAAGUAGGAGCACGUAUAGCAUCUUGUUUAAGUGGUAGUUUGGUUUAACUAUUAUUUGUUAGUGGUGUUUUAGACCAGCAGCGUAUGGACUCCUGGUAGAUAAGGUUUAAUGUUAAUGGUGGUGUUUUAAAUUAUUUUUUUAUAAUUUUGUGCAUGGUUUUACUUGUAAUAACUAGUCAAUGAAUACUCUUGUGCAUCACAUGACAUAGUGGUAAGAUCACAGGGCAUUUAAGUUUGGGAAGCAUGUUUUCUGAAUGUAUAUCUCUUGACUUCUAAACUUUCAAGUGUAUCAAUGGAGGAGCAGUUAAGAGAAGUCAAGGUGUCAGUAAAUGGUGUUGAGUUACAUUGUAACAUAAAGGGAAAUGGACCAAACCCUCUUUUAUGUAUCCCUGGAUCAUCAGCACCAAGUCAUUGGGCAUUUUCUUCACAAUUUGAGUAUUUUGGUAGAAGUGGUAGUGAGUAUACAGUAAUAGCUUUUGAUCCAAGAGGAUAUGGACACUCUAAACUAGUGCCAAGGACCUACUCAAUUGCACCAGAACAUCAUACAAAGAUUGAUGCAAGAGAUGCACACCAAGUAAUGAAGUCAUUUGGAUAUGACAAGUACUUUGUUCUUGGUUGGUGUGAUGGAGGUCUCUCUGCUAUUUAUCUUGCUGCCCUCUUUCCUGAUGCUGUUAAAGGAGUUGUUUUAUGGGGAUCCAGAGUGCGUUAUACUGAAUAUGAGGUAGAAAUAGCAGAAGGGGAUGUUAAUGAAUUUAAAUAUUUACCAAUAGUUCUUCCAGUGUAUGGCAGUCCAAGUGCUCUUCAGACCGUAUGGGACGAGGGCAAUGAUUGCGUGCGUGCUAUGUAUGAACAUUUAAAGGAUAAGAAUGGUGAACUUUGCACUGAAGAAAUGAAGCAAGUGAGCUGUCCAACACUAGUCCUUCAUGGUGCUAGGGAUAAAGUGGCUACCUUGUCUCAAGCUCAGCUAAUCAAAGAGACUAUUCCUAAUAGUAAACUGAUUGUGUUUGAUCAAGGAGCUCAUUAUUUGCACAGCACAUUAUCAGAAGACUUCAACCUUACUGUUGAGAGUUUCUUAAAUGAACACUAAUUGCUAUUGUUGAACCUUAUUGCUAGGUUGUUAUAAUUCCAUAAUCUUGUUUUAGAGGUAGUCUUUGUAGUUCACUGUAGUAAUACAAUGCCAAUUUCUAAUAAUUACAGAUUUCAUUGAAUUAUUUCUACUUUCCAUGCAAGAUGAUUUAUUUGUAA